CAAUGCCACAUAAAUAUAUGUAGGGAAAGAAUUUAGACUUCGAGCACCAUUGGACACUCUUCUCUAUACGGCAUGAGGAGGUGCAUCUUAAUUGCCAUUCUUGGUAGCUUUUUCUAUCUAUCCUUGGCCAACAACUAUCCAUGGACCAAGCAAACAAUGCCUCAGUCCGGAAUCAAUCCACCAUUUUCAUUGAAACUGGGUCCUUGCUCAGACAUUGAUCCAAUCAAAACGGCUACAUAUGGAUCAAAGCUCAUCGAGUUUCAUUAUUGCGGGGAAGAUUGGCGAUCAGCUCAAACUCUUUGCAUUAGCCGGGGUGGAAAAUUGUGGACACCAAGUUCCAACACAGAAUAUGAAUCCGUGUUCCAAGCCAUUGACUAUGAUGUUGGCGGUAAACUUCCAAUUUGGUUCCACAGCUUUCGCUCUUGGUGGAUUGGCUCUGUUCGGCGACCUUUUUCUGAUGGUGUCCCUGAGGCCAGGUAUUCUGGUAGUAAUGGGAUUUGGAUUCCCAAGCCCAAAUCUUGUGAGUCGAUUACCUCAUACAAUAUCACCUUAGUCAAACAGAAUUGCAACUUCAAACAACCCUUCAUCUGUGAGGUUAAGCCAUAUUGCAGUUGCAAAUACGGUGCCAAUGAAUACCCUUGUAACCGGCAAAUCACGGUAUUACACCAAUGUUGUCUGGAUGUGUUUUGUGACCCGCAGGGCCGCAUCAAGCUGACCACUUUAUAUGGACGAGAUGAAUAUGGAAAUGUUUCAAAAUUGUGUUGAUCAAUGCCAAUUCCGAAUACAACAC